UUCUCUCAACUCUUCCACUCCAUCUCUGUUGUUCGCUGCUUACCAUCUUCGUGUAGCCAUUCUCGCUCUUUCUAUAUUCGUUAUCGCGGGAUGCGGAUUGCCAAGCGGACAUACUUACAGCCUCGUCAACUGGCCACGGUCAACCAUCGCACUUAUCUAGGGAGAAGAGUGCAACAACGCCACGGCCCAUCUCAUCCCUGAUAAGUACAAAUUCGGAGUUGCUGGUGUAUGCAGAGUCAAAAACCACAAGACAUCCUGCGCAAGCCAUUUCCCUCCAUCACUCAACCUUACAGAAGCUAUUCUGCAAGAUCUCGACGACGACAAGUCUCGUGGUUAUAUAGACGGCCCUACCUUAGAGAUGUGCAGAGACGCCAUCAACAAACGAGUUAACCACGAGACAGUCCAACUGCUCGGCAAUAUCAUGAUCGGAUUUCUCAUUGCUUCCAUGAUCACCAACCUCUUCUCUGCAUACGUCGUCAGUGGCUGCGAUUCAGUAACCGAGAUUUGCCCCACGAUAGCUCUCGGCGUCGACGCCUUCUGCAUUUUCAUGACCCUCGUAUUUUGCGUGUACUUGAUGAAUUAUGCAAGCGGCCCGUACCUGAAAGGAAUCAAACCGUCGGACUUCAAAGAUAUGGAAAUGGUUGGGUAUGGUUUCUGGAUGUUGCUCGCGAUGCUGAUCAUCCGUGUGAUAUCGAACCCGCGGUUGCUUUUUUGUACAAUUGUAGUAUUGCUUCCCAUCGCGCUGAUAUUCUUUCUUGCCCUUGUACGCACAAAGGGCUUCUUUUCUGUCGUCGGCACUGCUGUUGAGGCCGAAAAGAAGAGCAAGGGAUCCUUCUGAAGGGAUGGACUGGAGACAUAUCAGCAUUUGCGCAUUUCGGGGGCGACGAUUGUCCAUGCUGAGGCGCUUUUUGUCUCGAUUAGCUGAAAUGUCGCGAGAUCCAUUCAAAAACCUUACCAAAU